AAGAGAUUUAAACCUCAUCGUUCGUCCUUACUACGCCAACGCUUCUUUGGAUCGAUCGAAAUAAAACUGAGGCAAAACCGAAGUAAAAUAACAAAGUCAAAUCUAAAACAAAAAAAAGUGCAGAAACUAAGUACUACAAACCCUAGCCACUUACCACUACCGAAUGGUGCUGAUUCUCAACAACAACACAUAAUAAUCGCUGAUAUUCGUUAUCCGCAUUACUUUCUCUUGAAUAAUAUGGAUUCAAAUUCUCUAUGAGAUAGUAAAUUAAUUGAGUAUAUAAGUUGAAUGGCAACGAGUGCAAUUUUAUUUGUUGCCUGUGGGGAACAACAUUUGUUGCCGUUGACGAUGCAUAUUGGUUUUCUAAGAUUUUUGAAUCGCACUGUUCAGUCUAUCAAUCAACGCUUUGCUCAUAUUUUCUGCUCCCAAGGUGACGGUGACGACGUCAAACAUGUCAGGAUUUUAUGUGAAGAGGAAAUGGUGUUUUCGUCUACACAAUAUCUAAUGUCAGCUAUUGGGAGAAAGUGCCAGGUAAAUGCUCAAGAUUGUUCGUUGCGUAACAAGAGUUUUGGUGGCGGCAAGGGCCAACAUGCUGUUUUCAACGUGUUGGAUACAAUGCUAAAGUCUAGUCUAGAGCGUCUAAAGAUGAUGAGGGAAAACAUAUCUUUGGUAAGGAUAGGUCUGCAAGGAUAUUCACAUGAAUAUAACUAUGCAGAAAAUGCAGCCACUAUUAGGUUUUUGUGCUUGGAAGGUAAAUUGGUAGCUGCCCUGUGGCUUCGGAGAAGACUUGUGCAAAAAUGUAUCAUCCCUGACGUGUAUACUCACAACCAUAUUGUAAAUGGGCUAUGCAAACUCGGUCUUAUGGGGAAUGCAGAUCGUCUUGUUAGAGAGAUGUUAGAAUCUGGUCCUCGUCCGAGCUGUGCCACUUACAACACUUUAAUUAAGGGCUAUUGUGCUGUUAAUGGUAUAAAAAAAGCUUUGGAUCUAUUUACAACCAUGUCCAAUACUGGUAUUCUGCCAAACAGGGUUACUUGUAACAUACUUGUACAUGCAUUGUGUGAGAAAGGCCUUAUGAAGAAAGCUACAAAGAUGCUUGAAGAAAUACUAAAUGACGAUAAUGGCGAAGAUAUACCCGAUUUAGUUACCUCAACUAUAUUCAUGGAUAAUUACUUUAAAAAUGGGGCAAGUAUUCGAGCUAUCGGUCUUUGGAAUGAGAUGAUUCAAAAGUGUACAAGAGUAGAUGUUGUUUCGUAUAAUGUUCUUAUCAAUGGACUUUGCCAGAAUCAACAGAUGCAUCUUGCAAAUGGAUAUGCAUGUGAAAUGCUUAAGAAAGGUUUACUUCCUGAUGUUUUUACUUAUAAUAUUCUUAUUGGUGCACUUUGCAAGGAGGGAAAAAUUAGUGAAGCUUGCUAUAUUUUUGGAGUUAUGUCUAGAAUGGGAAUUAUGCCUGAUCAAAUUUCAUACAAGAUUAUGAUUCAAGGCCUAUGUUUGAAUGGAGAUGUUGUGAGAGCAAAAGACAUGCUUUUCUCGAUGUUGAAUAAUUUAAUGGUUCCCAAGCCUAUAGUAUGGAACCUAAUAAUUGACUUUUAUGGAAGAUGUGAAGAUCUUAGAAAUGCUUUUCUUACAAGAGAUCUGAUGCUGGCUUUUGGUGUUCUCCCAAAUGUAUUUACUUAUAAUGCUUUAAUUCUUGCACAAUUGAAGAGUGGAAAUAUCUACGAUGCUCACUCUUUGAAGGAAGAGAUGCGUUCAAAAGGUCUUUGUCCUGAUGUGGUUACUUAUAAUUUGUUGAUAGGUGGUGCUUGUAAUUUAGGAGAUCUCGAUUUAGCGCAUCAACUACACAAUGAGAUGAUGCAAAGGGGGUGUGUACCAGAUUUAAUAACUUAUACUGAAUUUAUUAGGGGGUUGUGUAUUAGAGGCAACAUUAAAGAUGCAGAAGAGCUUUAUGCUAGAUUACUGAAAUCUGGUUUAUUGAAUGAUCAUGUUCCAGUUCAGAUUCUUUUUAACAUGUACUGCAAAUUGAGCGAACCAAUCAGGGCGUUUAACUUUUAUCAAGACUGGCUGGCAAGUAAACAGGAUAGCAAUUGUGCCUGAAGCCCCUAUUAUGCUCAUGACUUUAGAUAUCAUCAGAGUUUCAUGUUCUGGGAAAGAAAGUCAUGUUUCACUGAAAGUCACUAUAGUUCUAAAAUUCAGACUUUUCAUUCAAAUGCUGGUCGUUCCCAGGUUGUGGCACAUAUGACUGAUGAACUCUCCAGUGACUUGUAUGUCUUUUAAUGGAAUAUCGUUUCAGAAGAUGCUAUCAGCAGAUAAAAGUGAAGGUGUAAAACCAGUUCAGGGCUCGAUAUUUCUCUGCUCAGGACUUAGAAGUUGAAUUGUUGCCCAAGCUUGGUUGACACCAGUAGUCACAUAUUCACCAUAGAAAAAUGAACUUUAUUGCAAAGGAGAGGGAAGGUAAUACAGCUUGGUGGAGGCUAAGAUCCUUCCAAUCAGAUGCGACAAGAAACAUGAAAUGUUCAAAAUGCGGUCAGGUUGGCAUGUCUCUGCAUAUCAGAGCAGAGGAGGUAACUAAAUUUGAAACAGCCAUGAGAAAGACAGCAGAGGGGUACCCCCAUAAAGACAAUCCUAUCCAGGAACAAAAUUUAGGGGCAAAGAAGUGUACUUAUUCCUUAAAAAGGAAGUCUCCUUUUGUUGCAGUGAACACUAAAGAAGUGCAUUAACCAUGCGGCCAAAUAUGAGCAAUUAAAAUAAAUGAUGAUUCACUACAAGGAGAUGAUGUAAGAAAUAUCAGUAAAUUAUCAUUUACCACCGCACAAAUUGGGCCAACUGUGCCCAACAAAAUGCUGUAGGAAGGAUUUGUUACAAGAGGUGAUCGCAAGAAUGAUGCACUUUUAACUGCAUUAUCGUUUACCUCCCUCUGGACUCCAACAAAUAAUGUGGUUUGAUUGGUCAUCUUUAUUUUCAUUUUCAUACUGGUUCAUUAUGUUGAAUGGCUCAUCCUGCAACUUGGCAUGGAUGUUCUAAUUUUUUUAUUGUUUUCGCGUUCUAUUUGUAAGCCGUGUUCUAUUUGUAAUUUUUAUUAGUUGAUUAAUAAAUAGGAUACAAUUUCUACCUGA